GGUGUGGAAAAGAUGGCUGCUUCGGCGGCAACGGCGAGUUCUUCCCCCGGUUUGUGUCCAAAUUACGCUGUGAUUUGCUCUUUUCUUGAGCGCUACGGAGCGUUGUUGGACUUGCCGGAGCUCACCUUUCCUCAGCUGGAGAGGUAUCUGCAGGACACAUCCUCAGUUCCAAAGCUGCUGGUUGAUCUUCACGUCAAGUUGCUGAGGAAGAUCGGCAAAUCGGUGUCUGCAGACAGAUGGGAGAAGUAUCUCGUCAAGGUCUGUCAGGAGUUCAACACAACCUGGGCAUGGGAACUCGAGCAAAAAGGAUACAAGGAGUUGACGGUGGAGUGCAAGACGGGGAUACUUAAAUAUUUGUGUGAGUGUCAGUUUGAUGACAACGUCAAGUUCAAAACUGCCAUCAACGAUGAGGACCCAGAUAAAAUGCGCCUGCAGCCAAUCGGCCGGGACAAAGACGGACAGAUGUACUGGUUUCAACUGGACCAGGACAACAACGUGCGCGUUUAUGUGGAGGAGCAGGACGACUUGGACGGGUCAUCGUGGAAGUGCAUCGUCAGAGAUAGAAACGAUUUGGCCGAGGUUGUCGCUCUGCUGAAGACGCAGAUUGAUCCUGCGCUGUUGAAAAAAGAACAGGAAACGAAGCCUGAAGGUGAGACCAGAAAGACUGAAGAUACAUCAGAUGAAGACAGCAAAGACUCCACCAAGUCAGUCUCUCCAAAGACGGAGAGCAGUGAAAAAGUAACACAGAACACGAAAUCGGAAAAUUCAGAAGCAAAAUCUGCGUUAAAUGGUGUCAUUGAAGGUAAAGCGGAGGCAGAGCUUGACUCAGAAAAUGUCAGUAAAAAAGCCCAGAACAUCAAAGAAGAGCCGAUGGAAGUUGUAGACACUAAAUCUAACUCAAGUGAACAAACACCGGCCUCUGAGACGUUGUGUAUAUCAUUAAAGGAGGAAAAAGAGGAACCGAAGAAGACCAGUGCAGAGGAAAUGCAGCAAGCCAUGAAGAAUGACCAGCAGGCCAAGAUCCCUUUGAAAAAAAGGGGAAUGAAGUUCAGUGAAGACUUUGAUAAAAAUAAUGCCGUUAUAGUGCAAAAUCCAUCUCUUUCUAAUCUGAAGGAGGCUGCAAAAGACGACUCGACUCCUGACCAAUCAAAGAAAGCGUUGGGUAUAAAUGAUCAUAUUAAUGGUGAAGUUACCCAAUCAGAAAAAGGGUCACCAGAGCGAGUAACAGAAGCUGUGGAGAAAUCUGUUGACAUUAAAGAGAAAGACGCUCCGACCACCGACGAGGAGGUUAAAAAGGACAAAAAGGACGAGCCACAGGGAGUCACCUCACACCAAGCGGAUUUGGAGAAGAAAACUCAAGAUGAAAAGGAAACGGAAAAAAGGGAAACAUGCGAGUCUUCGCUGCCCCCGACAGAACCGACACCUUUAUCUAAAGAGAUAAAUAAUGCAGCAGAGAAAUCCUCUAAUCAUGAAGAGCACGAAGAAAUGAAAGAAUCCAAACCAGCAGACACAGAGGAGUCUUGUAAGGUGAACAAGACGACAUUAAAGGAAAGUCAUAAAAUAUUAACUGCUGAUGAGUCAGGGAACCUAAACUUAAAUCACGAAGUCGAAUCCAAAGAAGCCGAAUCAAAAGUUUCAAAAAAAUCAGAGGAAAAGCUAGACUGCACAGACAUGGACACGUCCGAGUCGAGUCAGACUGAAGAAGCCAAGGCGCCCGAAAAUAUAACACACAAGCAAACAGAUACAAGUGACUCUAAAGAGACUGGAUCAUCUGAGGGUAAUUUGGAGAAAACUGAUAGCUUUGCUCUGAAAGAGAAGCCCGAAAGCUGUAAGAUAAUGGAGACACAAUCUGCAGACACACCAGAGAAAUCUGUAGACUCUGAAACCUCGGAAUCAAAGUCUGUCACUAAAAAAACAAGUGAGAAAGUGGAGGAAACAGCCAACACUAAGGAGAGCGUGGACCAGCCUGUUAUCGAAAAGGUCGACAAGUCAGACUCAUGUAAAGCUGCAGAGAAGCACGAUAGCAUCAAAGAUGCAGAGAUGGCUCCCACAGUCUGUGAGACAAAGACGGAAAAGCCAGAAGACAUAAAGAAAACUGUCAACUGUGAAGAUGGUACGGUACGUGAUGCUUCCAAGAUAAGCAACUCUGAGUCUGGGCCUGUGGCUGCAGAGGCACAGGGCGCAAAACUCGAUGUGACAAAACCACAAAAAGAUGACAAAGCUGAGAUGAACUCUGUCGCACAAAAGCCAGAAGAGCAGCCAUCUGAAGGGCAGGAUAAAACGCCCAGCCCUGUUGAGAAGACGGAUGCCUCCGAUGAAAAACCUGAGACUGAACAAGAGAAGGAUUCUGAGAAAAACCCCAGCGCAAUCGAGGCAGAGCAUCCAUCAUCAGAAAAUAAAAAGGAUGCUGACAGGGAAAGUGAAAAGGACACUGAUAAAGAAAAGCUUUCAAACUGCAAAGAGGACUCCACAGCAGAUGAACUCUCAAAAACUGAGGAGAGUAAGGGCAAAAGCGAGGAUGUGGACUCUCAAGCAAAAAAAGAUGUGGCGAAUGGCGGUGAAGCUCCAGCAGAUGUUCAGGAGGAGGGUGUCUGCCGGAAAAACAAGCGCCCAGUCCACCGAAGGAAAGUUGAGUUCCAGCGGGAGGAGCGACAGGUGGACUCAGAGUCCGACACAAACGUGGGGAGAUCCCUGCGAAGAUCGCCGAGGAUCUCUAGGCCGACGCCAAAGGCAGUAGAGAUCCAGGACAAGAAGCAGGAGAAGUCGCAGGCGCCUCAGAAGCGUGACGAGGAGAAGGGUGAGAAGGAAAAGUGUGAAGACGAGGAGGACAAGGAAGAGGAGGUGGUGAAGGUCGUUCAGAAGAAGCCAAGAGAGAAAAAGACGGAUCAGGAAGGCCAAACCAAACCCAAGCCAGUGGAGUCGCCCUCUGCUGGCCACCAGAAAGAAUGGAGGUUUAAGGCGAGAAAGAGGCGAAGGGUUCGGUGGUCCAACACUCGGACGCGCCGCAGAAAGAAAGACUCGGAGGACGAGGACGAAAACAGCGACGAGGAGUCCAGCGAAGAAGACGAGAGCGAGGAGGAAGACGACAGCGAUGAAGACUACAAGGUUGAGCGUACAAGAAAGAGGCGGAACCGUAACCGAGAAAGGCGAAGCUCGGACUCCUCGACCUCAUCCGACGAAGAUCUACCUCCCAAUGACGACCCUUGCAAACACUGCGGUCUUUCAAAUCACCCAGAGCUGAUCCUGCUGUGUGAUUCGUGUGACAGCGGCUACCACACAGCCUGUCUGAGGCCUCCGCUCAUGAUCAUCCCCGAUGGAGAGUGGUUCUGUCCACCCUGUCAGCAUAAGCAGCUCUGCGACAAACUCGAAGAGCAGCUCCAAAACCUCGAUGCUGCUUUGAAGAAGAAGGAGCGGGCUGAGAGGAGGAAAGAGCGUCUGAUUUAUGUUGGAAUCAGUGUCGAGAACAUCAUUGCGCCCUCUGUUGAGGUCGAGGAGGAAAAACCAGAGAUCAUUAUCAAAGAGAAGAAAGAAACAAAGAAGAGUAAGAGCUGGGGUCGGAGGUCAACGAGGGCGAAGAAAACCAUCAGCUACAGAUUUGAUGAGUUUGACGAGGCCAUCGAGGAGGCUAUCGAAGAAGACAUCAAAGAAGCAGAGGGUGGAGGAGCGGGUCGGGGUAAAGAUAUGGCCAACAUCACAGGGCACAGAGGGAAGGAUAUUUCUACCAUCCUACAAGCAGAGGAGGGCAAGGAGAACGGCCAGCCGCCGCGACCCAGCACCGGCCAGCGCAGGAAAAAACGCCGGCGACUCAACGACCUGGACAGCGACAGCACCGUGGACGAGGAGGAGAGCGAGGAAGAGUUUCGCCUCAGUGAAAGCUCAGAAGAAGAGUUUGUUGUGACGGACAACGACACGGAAGCUGAAUCGGAGGCAGACUCCAACAACAGCAACGGUAGCGGUAGGCAUCGAAAGUCUUCGCGGAGCAGACUGCUGACAUGCAGACGGAGCUCCAGAAAGCGGCGGCGACCGAGAGGGUACUCGGAUGAUGAGGAGGACGAGACGGAUGAAGAGGAUGAUGAGGAUGAAAUAGUGACCGAAGGCUCCAGUGAGUACAGCGACAGUGAUCUGGAUAUGAGCCGCCGGCGGUCGAGGCGGAGCCAGAAGAAGCAGGUUAACUACUGUGAGACGUCAGAGUCUGAAGGCUCUCAGGCCGAAACCAACCGGGCCAAAACGAAACCCAGACGUCAGCAGGAAAGCUCCGACAGCGACGCGAGUUUCUCCAGAGACUCCGAGGAAGAUUCGAGGGAUUGGAGGUCGAAUAGAAUCUCAUCGGAGGAAGAUUCCCGGCAGCGACGCAGACGCCUAGCGCUAAAACGCAGGAGAGCGUCGGAAGAUGACGACUCCGACGAUGACUCAGACGAAUCUUCCGAGGAGGAUCGACCCAUCCGUAAACGAGUGAACCGCAUCGACUCGGACGACGACGAUGACGAGGAGCAGCAGGAGGAGAAGCCGAAGGAGAAGAAAGCAGAGGAGGAGUCAAAGGGAACAAAUGCAUUGGACUGCGGCCUGGUAGAGCUGCCGCCCACCAACGGGCAAAGCCCCAUAAAGAGCCUCGAGGGUAUCAUCAGCCGGCCCGCUGCCACCAUCGCUACCAUCACUGCUCCAGGCAUUAUCCCACAUCUGGAGCCGCCCAAAAGCAUCAGUGCCACACCGGCUGCUGCCAUAGCACCAAACGGGCUGGUGGGGCAGGACAUUGCGGCACAGGACGAUGACGAAGACGACCUGUUAGGAGUCACAGACCUCGUGGACUACGUCUGCAAUAAUGAACAAUUGUAAAAACAAAAGUGGUGUACUGUUUGUUUGGUUUUUUUUCUUUGUUCUUUUGUUUUUUUUUUUUGGUGGUAUUGUAUUUUUAUAUUGCUUAACUUUAUUAUUCCCUCCCAUGCCAACAACUCCUCCUCCAUGUCCGUUUUUCUCAUGUCACCUGGAAGCCUGGACCGCACCCCCACACCUCCAGUGUGACGCUGUCCCCAUGGGAUCCUGCAGCCAAUAAGGGCACCGACAUAUCAUUCCUCCCAGUUGACCCGCCGAAGCACCGUCGUCCCCCCGGUUGUCGUUAUCGUUGUCCUGUUUUCAGUUUUGGUUUUAAUCACUUUUGGCUCUGAAACUGUGGGGAAAAAGUUGGUGUCUGUUUGAAAGCUGAAUAACUUAAAAAAACAAACAAACCCCACAUCAUUCCAUAAUUGGCACCAAGUUCUGGACAUCUGUUUAUCAUUUUAUGGCUUUUUAAAGAAAUGCAAUCAUAUGUUGAUUGAAACGCACUUCACCGGGCAGGGUUAGAUGAGAUGAUAGACGCGGCCGUUUAGCUCGGCACAAACACGGCGCGAUGAGCUACAAGGAAGCGGGUUUAGCUUGUUAGUCUGCUUUAAUUAACCAGCUGGCACGCUGACCUUUCACAGCAGCUUUUAGCACCAGAUGUUUUUUUAACGUUAACAAACAUGCUUCCAAUGUUACAAUCGACGAAAGCCGGGGCAGUUGUGGUGCGGCACUAAUUUAGAGGUUUUUGUUUGUUAAUACUUUUAAAAAAAUGUAUGUUUAAUUUCCUAAACAUGAUAUUUUCUGCCACAAAUCCACCUGUGAGCAUUUUUAAAGCUCUUUAAAGCUCACUAAUUAACCCUUUAUGCCCCGUUUGUUGCAGGAGGAGCUUUAGAGGAGCUACAGGUGGAUUUUUGUUUUUUCAGGCUUCGUGCUGAGCUAACAUGAGCUGCUGCUUCAUGUGAGGGAUAUAUUUGAUAAGCUAUUGGUUCUUUCUGAUCAUAUCCGGUGUGUACUUUGUUAUUAAAACACGUUACUCCCCCCCCCCCCCC